AUGCCCAGGAGGAAGCAGGAGCAGCCCAAGCGCCUUCCCUCACAUGUUAGUAGGCAGGACGAGGCGGAGGGCGAACUCAGUGAAGGCGAGCCCUGGUAUGGAAACUCCUCCGAGACUCCGUCCGAAGCAUCCUAUGGCGAAGUCCAGGAGAACUAUAAGCUGUGCCUGGAGGACCGGAUCCAGGAGCAGUCCACCUCCCCCGACACCUCCCUGGGCAGCGCCACCCCCAGCAGCCACACGCUGGAGCUGGUGGCCCUCGAUGGCGACGUCCUGCGAGACUCCCUGCAGUGCCAGGACCACCUCUCCCCCGGCCUGUCCUCUCUGUGCGGCGAUGACGACUCCCCCGGCUCCACCAAACCCCUGAGCAGCAACCUGAGGCGGCUGCUGGAGGCCGGGUCCCUCAAACUGGACACCGCCACGGCCACGGCCAACGGCAGGGUGGAGUCCCCGGUGAACGUGGGCCCCAACCUCUCCUUCUCCCCACCGUCCCACCACGCCCAGCAGCUCAGUGUCCUUGCCAGGAAGUUGGCCGAGAAGCAGGAUCAGAAUGACCAAUACACUCCAAGUAACCGUUUCCUAUGGAAUCAAGGUAAGUGGUUGCCAAACUCAACCACCACCUGCGGCCUGUCCCCCGACUCGGCCAUCCUCAAACUGAAGGCGGCCGCCAACGCCGUCCUGCAGGACAAGUCUCUGGCCAGGACCGAGGAGACCCUGCGGUUCGAGUCCUUCUCCUCCCCGUUCAGCUCCCAGUCGGCCAGCUCCACCCUGGCAGCCUUGUCCAAGAAAGUCAGCGAGCGGAGCUUGACUCCUGGCCAGGAGCACCCCCCUCCAGCCAGCUCCUUCCUCUCCCUGGCUUCCAUGACCUCCUCAGCCGCCCUGCUCAAGGAGGUGGCCGCCAGGGCCGCGGGGAGUCUGCUGGCCGAGAAGGCGUCCCUGGUGCCCGAGGACCCUCUACCGCCACCGCCUUCAGAGAAGAUGCAAGAAAAGGUGACCCCACCACCACAGCCGCCACCACCGCCGCCACCGCCACCGCCACAGUCCUUGGAAUUAUUGUUACUCCCGGUCCCCAAGGGAAGAGUUUCCAAGCCCUCCAACUCAGCCUCAGAAGAGGAAAGCGGAAAGCCUUUCCAGUGUCCAAUAUGUGGUUUGGUUAUAAAAAGGAAGAGCUACUGGAAGCGGCACAUGGUGAUUCACACAGGUUUAAAAAGUCAUCAGUGCCCGCUCUGCCCAUUCCGGUGUGCUCGCAAGGACAAUCUCAAAUCCCACAUGAAGGUUCAUCAGCACCAGGACCGGGGAGAGACCUUUCAGUGCCAGCUGUGCCCUUUCACGUCCUCGCGCCACUUCAGCCUGAAGCUCCACAUGCGCUGCCACCAGCACUUCCUGAGGACAGAAGCCAAGGUGAAGGAGGAGAUCCCAGACCCAGAUGUCAAGGGAUCGCCCCACCUCAGUGACAGUGCCUGCCUGGGGCAGCACAGGGAAGCAGGAGGGACAGAGCUAGUGGGGACCAUGAUGCCGGCCAGCACUCCAGAAAGGACUAGCCAGGGUGGGGCUGGCGUCUCGCCUUUGCUGGUGAAGGAGGAGCCCAAGGAAGAUAACGGCCUGCCAGCCUCCUUUCCCCUGAAUGCUGCCGACAGGCCGGCCAACCACACAAAGCUGAAAGACCCCUCCGAGUAUGUGGCCAACAGUGCGUCAGCAUUGUUCAGCCAGGACAUCUCUGUUAAGAUGGCGUCUGAUUUUCUCAUGAAGCUGUCAGCUGCAAAUCAGAAGGAGCCCAUGAAUCUUAACUUCCAAGUGAAAGAGGAGCCCCAGGAAGAGGAGGCCCUCAGCGCCUCCUUGCCUCGGUCCAGCUACGUGUUCAGUCCGGAACCUGAAGUGUCAGCCCCAAGCAUCUCUGAGGACACGCUGAAGGCCCAGGAAGGGAAGGGGAGCGGGCUCAGGCGGGACAUGUCAGUCAAAGCAGCUUCCGAACUUCUCAUGAAACUAUCAGCGGAGAGCUACAAGGAAAGCCAGGCCGUGAAGAUUAAGGAGGAGCCCAUGGAGGUGGACAUCCAGGACUCGCAUCUCUCCAUAUCCCCCAGCCGGAAUGUUGGCUAUAGCACUUUACUUGGGCGAGAGAAAACCGAACCCUUACAGAAGAUGCCAGAGGGCAGGGUGCCCCCAGAGAGGAGUCUCUUCAGUCAGGACAUCUCUGUGAAGAUGGCUUCCGAGCUCCUGUUCCAGCUGUCAGAAAAAGUGAGCAAAGAGCACAAUCACACAAAAGAAAACACCAUCCGCACGACCACCAGCCCUUUCUUUUCAGAAGAUACAUUUAGACAAUCACCGUUCUCCUCCAAUUCAAAAGACCUGCUGCCCAGCGACGCCGCGCUCCACACGAGAAUACCAGCGCCAGAGACAGAAAAGCUCGUGCUAGAGGCAGGCAAUGGAUUGCCCUCUUGGAAAUUCAAUGACCAGCUUUUCCCCUGCGAUGUGUGUGGGAAAGUCUUUGGCCGACAGCAGACAUUGUCCAGACACCUCUCGCUGCACACAGAGGAAAGGAAAUACAAAUGCCACUUGUGCCCCUAUGCUGCUAAGUGCCGCGCGAACCUGAACCAGCACCUGACCGUCCACUCGGUGAAGCUGGUGAGUACGGACACUGAGGACAUUGUCAGCGCCGUCACCUCUGAAGGCAGUGACGGGAGGAAGCACCCUUAUUAUUACAGCUGCCAUGUGUGUGGAUUUGAGACCGAGCUCAACGUCCAGUUCGUCAGCCACAUGUCCCUCCAUGUGGACAAGGAGCAGUGGAUGUUCUCCAUCUGCUGCACCGCCUGCGACUUCGUCACCAUGGAGGAGGCAGAGAUAAAGGCUCACAUCGGCACCAAGCACACAGUGGAAGACAGGAAGACCCCAAGUGAAUCAAACAGCCCCUCAUCAUCCUCCCUCUCAGCUCUGAGUGAUUCAGCUAACAGCAAAGAUGACUCAGACAGCUCCCAGAAAAACAAGAGCGGGAACAACCUGCUGGUCAUCUCCGUUGUGCCCGGGAGCCAGCCCUCACUGACUAGUGAGGAAAAGCCCGAGAAAGGGUUCGAAUGCGUUUUUUGCAACUUUGUCUGCAAGACGAAGAACAUGUUUGAGCGCCAUCUGCAGAUACACCUCAUCACCCGGAUGUUUGAGUGUGACGUGUGCCACAAGUUCAUGAAGACCCCCGAACAGCUGCUGGAGCAUAAGAAAUGCCACACUGUCCCCACCGGUGGGCUCAACUCAGGACAGUGGUGA